AUGUCUUCACACGAAAACUCGGUAGAGGAUAUAAAUGUACUAAAGCAGAAAGUUUAUGCCGCUGCAAGAGAUGGAAGAGCUAUUAGUUUAUUUGCUGUGUUAUGGAAUCUUAAUCAGAAACUUGUAGAUGAAGUGCUUCAUUGCCACACGAGUGAAAACGGACAAAUAACAACACCCAUUAUCAUAGCCUCUAGGAACGGCGAGGAGAAAGUGGUUUCGGUUUUACUUUCAAAGUUUAAGAUAAAUCUCGAACAGACAGGGACUGUAAAGUUUGAUGGCUUUGUGUUAGAAGGCGCAACUGCGCUAUGGUGCGCGGCAGGCGCCGGUCAUCUUGGCAUCGUAAAGCUCUUGCUAGAGCACGGAGCAGAUGUCAAUCAUGCCACGAAAACGAAUUCAACACCACUUCGUGCGGCGUGUUUCGACGGUCGACUUGAUGUUGUUCAGUGUUUAGUUGAAAAUGGUGCAGAUAUUUCUAUACCAAACAAGUAUAAUAAUACUUGUCUCAUGAUAACAAGUUACAAAGGACAUUGUGAAGUUGUGCGUUAUUUACUCGAAAAAGGAGCAAACCCUGACUCGACUGCCCACUGUGGUGCUACAGCAAUGCAUUUUGCUGCUGAAUGUGGACAUUUAGAGGUAGUACAAGAUCUAGUAAGAUUCAACGGAAAACAAAUUCCAAAUGAUUACAGAAUGACGCCAUUACUGGUGGCUGCAGAAUGUGGACAAUCUGCUCUUGUGGAAUUCCUUGCAACCAAAGUUGAAACCAAAGAAGAAAAGAUUGAUGCUUUUGAAUUGCUUGGUGCUUCAUUUGCAAAUGAUAAAGAACAUUAUGAUGUAAUGAAAGCUUUUUUAUACCUGCGUGAAGCUAUGCAUUUGAGAUACAGUGAUCCUGACAAUAUUAUUACAAAGAAUGACUAUCCAUGUGUAGAUGCAUACAACAGUCGGAUUGAGUGCAAAACACUUGGUGAACUUAAUGCAAUCAAGUAUGAUUUUGAAGCACUGCACAUGGAAUCACUUGCAAUCAGAGAGAGAAUCCUUGGGCCUGACAACCCAGAUGUCCCACAUCCAAUCAUAUUUAGAGGUGCAGUAUUUGCUGAUAACAAGCGGUUUGACCGUUGCAUCUCACUUUGGCUGCAUGCAAUGAAAUUGAGGCAUACUAAUAAAAGAUCCAUUGCUAAGGAUUUAUUGAGAUUUGCCCAAGUUUUCUCACAAAUGAUUCACAUAGAUGAAGCCGUGAACUUUGUCAGUGUCCAAGAAGUGUUCAAGUAUGCCAUGGCAGAACUUACCAAUGAUAAAGAGAGAAUAACAAAUUCUGAAGACGAUGGAGAUUCUCUGGUUGAGAUACAUCAAACUAAUAUCCAUACUUGUUUAUAUCUUCUUGUAAUUAUUUUAAAAACCAAACAUAGUGCUUCAGAGUUAGAAGGCUUGUACCCACUUGUGUAUCAUUUUCUUAAAUUAAAUCCACUCCUAAAAAAUAACUAUACACCACUACAUAUGGCUGUAGAUGGUUCUACAUAUGUAGAUGAUUUCCAUGUUAAUGAUGUUGUGUCAUUUCCAGACAGCCAAGUUGCUCACCUUUUAAUCAAAUGCGGAGCAAGAGUGAAUGCACAGGACUCCCAGGGAAACACCCCCUUGCACGCUUUAGUAAACAUAUCUCAAAACUCUGUUGUGGAUACAAGAAAAGUUCACAAUACCAUAAAUAUUUUAAUUGACAAUAAUGCUCAUCUUGACAUUUGCAACAAUGAGAGAAAAACUGCCAUUGACUGUGCAAAGAGGGAAGAGGAUGCAGGGAUUCUGAGGGCAUCUGGUCAACUCUCUCUGAAGUGCAUUGCUGCCAGAUGUGUGUGCAACAAUGGACUAAAUUAUCAAGGUCUCAUCCCACCUUACCUUGAGGAAUUUUUAGCUGUUCACUAGCUCUUGAUUGUUCAUUAAAACUUUCUAAGUGAGCAGGUUCGACUAGCUCUAAUGUCCCUUUGUUUUUAGAUCACCUGAGCUGAAGGCUCAAGUGAGCUUUUCUGAUCAAAAUUUGUCUGUUGUUGUUGGCGUUAUCAUAAACUUUUCACAUUUUUGUCUCCUUCUACAGAACCACUGAGUCAAUUUCAACCAAACCUGGCACAGAGUAUCUUUGGGUAAAAGGGGAUUCAAAUUUGUUCAACUGAAGGGCCACACCCUCUUCCAAGGGGAAAUAAUUAAGAAGUAGUAAAAAUAGGGUGGGGUAAAUAAAAAAUCUUUUUCUCAAGAACCACUGGGCCAGAAAAGAUGAAACUUGUGUGAAAGCUAUCUAGGGUACGGUAUAUUCAAGUUUAUUCAAAUCAUUAACCUUGGGCCCCUGGGGGUAGGGUGGGGCCACUAUGGAUGAUGUUUUACAGGAAGGUUUAUGUAGGUAAAAUCUUUAAAAUUCUUCUUCUCAAGAACAGCAAAGUUAUGUUAAGUCAUCUUUAUAUGGAAGCAUCCUCAAGUAGCCAAGAUUCAAGUUUGUCCAAAUUAUGACCCCCAGGGAUAGGGAGGGGCAACUAUGGUGAUCAAAGUUUUACAUAGGAAUACAUAGGAAAAUCUAUAUAAUUCUUCUCAAGAACAGCAAAGUCUUAAUUAGUCAUAUUUAUUUGGAAGCAUCUUCAAGUAGUUUAGAUUAAAGUUUGUUCAAACAUGACCCCCAGGAGUAGG